CCGUCACGUUCGCUGGAGAGGCGCAAUCAGGCGGCGCGUUGUUGCGGAGUGCGCGUGCGUGCUGACGGACUGACGGAGCCGGUGCGCCGGUAGUGUCAGUGCUGUAUUAUGGACCUGCAGAGCAGCGCUGAGGCAGACCUGGAUCCCUCCGAGUACCACCCCGGCUCUGUCCCCAUGGGGCUGCAGUCCAGGAAGCAGGAGCAGGAGAAGCUCUCGGGGUUGGUGAAGAGCGUGCACAGAAAACUCCGCAGGAAAUACAUUGAAGUGGGAGAUUUCGAGAAAAUAUGGCGCGAGCAUUGUGAAGACGAGCAGACUCUCAGCGAGUAUGCCAUGGCCAUGAAGAACCUGGCCGACAACCACUGGGCGAAUAAAUGCGAGGGCGAGGGACGCAUCGAGUGGUGCCGCAGUGUUUGUCAGGAGUACUUCCAGGAUGGAGGGAUGAGGCGAGUGCUGGAGAAGGAUGAGAAGAGCACUAAGCACGCCACAGCUAAAAUAACACAUCUGCAAACUCUCUACCACAAUCGUCCUCUCCAAGGUGACAACCUUACCACUGCGAAUCCACAAAGAUUUUCUACAUUACUUGGGAGGAUACGACUGUUGGAUGUGGGCAGCUGUUUCAAUCCCUUCCUGAAGUUUGAUGAGUUUCUGACUGUCGGUAUCGACAUUGUGCCAGCAGUUGAGAGCGUCUACAAAUGCGACUUUCUGAACCUGCAGCUGCAGCAGCCUCUGCAACUGGCCAGCGACGCCUUGGAUGCCUUCCUGCGGCAUCUGCGCGGCCCCAUCGACGCUUUACCUGCCCAGCUGUUUCACGUGGUGGUCUUCUCCCUGCUUCUCUCCUACUUCCCUUCACCCUAUCAGCGCUGGCUCUGCUGCAAGAAAGCGCAUGAACUUCUGACCUUGAACGGCCUCCUCCUCAUCAUCACGCCUGACUCCUCCCACCAGGGCCGGCAUGCGCUCAUGAUGCGUAGCUGGCGAGUUGCAGUGGAGUCUCUGGGCUUCAAGCGCUACAAAUAUGUCAAGUUCUCCCACAUGCACCUGAUCGCUUUCCGCAAGGUGUCGUCCACCACCAGCAGCGACCUGGUCAGCCGCAACUACCCGGAGAUGCUUUACAUCCCGCAGGACUUUAACACGAUCGACGAGGAGGGGUUCACAGAUUGCUACGAGCCUCCGCGCUCUGAUUUCGAGGACGACAUGUUGGCGUGUAGCUUCGCGGAAUUGCCGGACACGCCGUACGAUUCGGACUCGGGCGAGAGCCAGAGCUUCCACGAGCUGGAAGACCCCAUUUUGCUCCAGAGCUGAACUUGUUUACUGCCCCUGUUGAUAUUUAGUACCUUACCAUCAUGCUGCCAAAAUUGCUCUGCUGUUUGUGCACUCGACCCCUUUUUAAGCAGCAAAAAAUUUGCACAGAGUGAAUGAGGACGUUUAAGUGGGCGUUGAUUUUUAAGAGCGUGCAAGACAUCUCUUUGAACACAAAUAUACACACUAAAUAAUCUUAACUUAGAAAUAGAAGUGAUUUGGUUUUGUAACAGAAGCAGCUGCGUGAUAUCAGGUUGAGGACGAUUUAGCUCAUCCGCUUUGGCUGUUUUCUCACUCAGAAUGACAAACAUUUCCGUGCUAGCUUAGGCGUAGUUAUCACCGGUGUCAUAUUUUUGGCCGGAGUUACUAUACUGUGUUAUUCUUUUUCAGUUGUGUUUCUUGAAGGGAUAGUUCCGGCAAAAUAGAAAAUAUUAAUUCUCGUUUUGUUCCAAACCAGUGACUGUAUUAUGUCCACACAAUGAAUGUCAAUGGGGUCCAAAACAAUGUUGUUUUUGGACCCCAUUGACUUUUAUUGUAAAGACAAAACCAGUUCUUUAACAUUAACGUAACAGAAGUCAUACAGGUUUGGAACAACAUGAUGGUGAGUAAAUGACAAAAAACAUUGUGAACUAACCCUUUAAUGGUUUGAUUCUCAGCAAGAUUCCACUGGAUAAUUUGGAUGGAGAUUUCAGCCAACUGUUCAACCAACUUUUUGAAAUAGUCUUUAUCAAUGAUAUUUGUAGCAUUUUAGGUGUCUGCAGAACUUGUGCGUGUUUGGUUAUGUGACGUUGUAACUGUGAAUGUGGAUUUCUCGCUUCAACAAGGUACAAAUCAAGCGAAGUAGUCGUAGAUUUUCAGAACAAACAAUCUUACAGGUGACCAGAUUGGAUGCAUGGGUUGUGGUAACAUGUUUCUAAUCUUGCGAUCAAACCGCUAGUACUAUCCAAUAACUUGUCAGUAGUAUGUAGUGUGGAACAGAUUAGAGUUUUGUGCAUUUUGCCAUAAUGUGACUUUGAGUAGGAUGAUUGUUUACUCUUGACUGUUUACUCUCGAAACCUUCAGUUGCUUUAAAUCCUCUUUCUGUAUUGUAAUCUGGUGUAUAAUAUCUAAUUGAGUUAUUUUAGCUUCCCACUUUCGAUUAUAAAAUAGAACUUUUAAGGUACAAAAGUCUGGAAAGUACUUUGCCAAACAGUUUAUUGGAAGUACUAUCAAAAGAUUGUUGCAUAUCACUGUAUGUUUUUAGCUCUUGUGUUUGUAAUUGCAGAAUUUGCUGGUUUUUUAUUCACGCCAGGUUCUUAAAAACACUAUAUUAAAUGUCCAAGCACAUAUUUGCACGUUUUCGAUUACACCUUCCGUAGGGUUGGCAAAAUAUCGAGAUUGGCAUCAGCACUUCAUUAGAAUAGCAAUACGUUCAUAAUCAUAAAUGGUCAAAAAUGCCCCAUAUCACUAUAACCUGGUAGUUAUAUUGACUAACUGAUGUUAGGCACUGUUUUUUCUAUUGUAUCAAUGUGGUUACCGAUUGGUUAACCUGAUGAUAUGAGAAUAUGCUGUGAUGGGUCUUUACUCCUGAAGAAGUGUGAUGAGAUGUACAUUGAAGUAUCAAUGUGAAGUUUUGGUGUUGGGCACUUUAAAUGUGUUUUGGGGUGCCAAAUAUGAGUGUGGAAAGAUUUAAAACGGGAAAUUAAAUCGGUAUGUGAUCUUUCAGGGUAUCAGAAAAAAAAAAUCCUCUCAAGGUGCCUUCAAACCCAAAUUGUAUUUUUGCAUUUGUGAUUAUAUGGAGUGGAUGCAAGAACAGGCUACUGAUUGUCAUUUGAAAGUAAGCUAAUUUUCUGUCCCACAAUAAACAGUUACAGUACAUACUUUCAGCGAAUUAACCAGCUCCUAGAUAAAUUACUAACAAUACUGCCCUAUUAGCAAUAGCGUAUAAAGGUGUUCUUUAGUCUGUACUCGAUUUAUACUGUAAGUCAGAGAAAAAAUAUUUUAAAACUAUUGGAAAAAAACAAUCUUUGUAUUAAAAUGUUUACUUGGUGUGUUCAAACAUUCACAUAUCAAACAUAUUUGUCUUCCCCAUCCAUUGUUUGCAUGAUUGAUUUUCUUUAUCAGUGUUAAGAUGGUUGACUCCUACAGGAACGGGCUGUUUGUGAGAACUAUUGUCAUUCAUCUUUUAUAAAUAAAGGUUUUUGUUGCCUUCU